GCAGCCAAGAAGCAGGCCCGCAGCCUUCAGGCCGUGCCCAGGCUGGUGAAGCUCUUCAACCACGCCAACCAGGAGGUGCAACGCCACGCCACGGGCGCCAUGCGCAACCUCAUCUACGACAACGCGGACAACAAGCUGGCCCUGGUGGAGGAGAAUGGCAUCUUCGAGCUGCUGCGCACGCUGCGUGAGCAUGACGACGAGCUGCGCAAGAACGUCACAGGGAUCCUGUGGAACCUGUCCUCCAGCGACCAUCUGAAGGAUCGCCUGGCCAGGGACACACUGGAACAGCUCACAGACCUGGUGCUGAGCCCCCUCUCGGGGGCCGGAGGACCACCCCUCAUCCAGCAGAAUGCCUCUGAGGCUGAAAUCUUCUACAAUGCCACGGGCUUCCUCAGGAACCUCAGCUCAGCUUCCCAGGCCACUCGCCAGAAGAUGCGUGAGUGCCACGGGCUGGUGGACGCCCUGGUCACCUACAUCAACCACGCCCUGGACGUGGGCAAGUGUGAGGACAAGAGUGUGGAGAACGCCGUGUGCGUGCUGAGGAACCUGUCCUACCGCCUGUACGAUGAGAUGCCGCCCUCCGCCCUGCAGCGGCUCGAGGGCCGGGGCCGCAGGGACACGGCCGGGGCGCCACCCGGCGAGGUGGUGGGCUGCUUCACGCCUCAGAGCCGGCGGCUUCGAGAGCUGCCCCUCACGGCUGAUGCACUGACCUUCGCCGAGGUGUCUAAGGACCCCAAGGGUCUUGAGUGGCUGUGGAGCCCCCAGAUCGUGGGGCUGUACAACCGGCUGCUGCAGCGCUGUGAACUCAACCCACACACGACCGAGGCAGCCGCGGGAGCACUGCAGAACAUCACCGCGGGCGACCGCAGGUGGGCGGGCGUGCUGAGCCGCCUGGCCCUAGAGCAGGAGCGCGUCCUGAACCCGCUGCUGGACCGGGUUCGGACCGCUGACCACCACCAGCUCCGCUCGCUGACUGGUCUCAUCCGAAACCUGUCUCGGAAUGCCAGAAACAAGGACGAGAUGUCCACCAAGGUGGUGAGUCACCUGAUCGAGAAGCUGCCGGGCAGCGUGGGCGAGAAGUGUCCCCCCGCCGACGUGCUGGUCAACAUCAUAGCCGUGCUCAACAACCUGGUGGUGGCCAGUCCCAUCGCUGCCCGAGACUUGCUCUACUUUGACGGGCUCCGAAAGCUAGUCUUCAUCAAGAAGAAGCGGGACAGCCCCGACAGCGAGAAGUCCUCCCGAGCAGCCUCCAGCCUCCUGGCCAACCUGUGGCAAUACAGCAAGCUCCACCGAGACUUCCGGGCGAAAGGCUAUCGAAAGGAGGACUUCCUGGGCCCAUAG